AUGAUUAGUGCCAGAAAUAGGUGUCCUUUUACUCCAACUCAGUGGCAAGAGCUUGAACACCAAGCUCUCAUCUUCAAAUACAUGGUUUCAGGAGUUCCAAUCCCGCCUGAACUCAUUUUUUCUGUCAAAACAAGUUUGGAUUCUUCUUUGGCUUCAGGUCUCUUCUCUCAUCAACCGAUUGGAUGGGGUUGUUUUCAGGUGGGUUUUGGCAGAAAAGCAGACCCAGAGCCAGGGAGGUGCAGAAGAACAGACGGUAAAAAAUGGAGGUGCUCAAAGGAAGCAUACCCUGACUCCAAGUACUGUGAGAGGCACAUGCACAGAGGCAGGAAUCGUUCAAGAAAGCCUGUGGAAGUUAAUUCAACAGCAGCUGCUUGUACAACAACACCAACUGCAACCCCAAUCCUUUCACCAUCCUUCUCAUCAAUCUCCAUUUCCACUUCCAGCAAUUGUAGUCUACCCUCCAGUUCUUCUUUCUCUUUUUCGCCACUCUCUUCUUCUCCUAUAGCUCCUGAAAUCUACAACCAUCACAAUUCUAACCAAACCACCCCUCUUAACCCCUUCUUUUAUUCUCAUUCUUCCACUUCCACAAGACCUCCUGGUUCAGGCUUAUCAGUUCAAAGUGACACUUCACCUCACCAUUUCUUGGACUCUGGAACAGGAAUUCCUCACCGUUACAGGUUUGUUCAUGGAACAAGGGAGGGUGUGGACGAGAGAUCUUUCUUCCCUGAAGCUUCAGGGAGUGUAAGAGUUGUACCUGAUUCUUAUCAGCCUUUGACAGUGAGUUCUUACAAAAGCUAUCUUCAGUCCGAGUUCCAGGGCAUUCAUGACAUUGGUUCAAAGCAGCGGCAGCAACAACAAGAGCAGCAUUGCUUUGUUUUAGGUACUGAUAUCAAGUCAGGUAGGCCAAUCAAGUUAGAAAAAGAUGAUGAAACUCAAAAACCAGUGCACCAAUUUUUUGGGGAUUGGCCACCAAGGAACACUGAAUCUUGGCUUGAUCUUGCAUCCAAUCCCGGGGUCCAUUCAGGCAAAUUCAAUUUCACUAUCAUAUUUUCUCCCUUUUCGUACAAAUUUUUGUCCACUUCUCACACCUGAUAUUUUUGCUUCUGCAGAUGGUUGAGGUCUCAAUAAUGGAUCUGUAAAUUAUGGCCAAUACAGCGCUUGUUUGAUGGGUCAAUUCCUUGGCUCUUGAAAUUGUGGCUAGGACUGUUUUGUUCUGAUAAAGGUUUGAAACAAUGUAGGGCCAUGGGAAGAUAUCUAUUUGGUGUCACCUUGAUAAUAAACCUACUUUAUCUUCUUCCCUUGAGGAAACAUGUUUGAAAUUUGUAGACUUGCUUGUUUGACUGGAAUCCUCCUGAUAUGCUUCAAGAUCUGAAAACUUUUAUUAUUUGUAAGAUUUCUCCUUUUUGGUUUUUGCUUUGUAAUACAACAAUCCAUUGCCUUGGGGCCCAAAAGGCAUGUGAAAUCAGAACUUUGUUUUCCAUGCCAAGCUCUGCUGGCUUAUUAGUUUCUUGCCACCGAGAUAUAAGCCAGUAAACCACCAUUCAAUGUCAGAUGUUUAUCGAUCCAGAGGUUAGCAGCUGUUAAGUAAAUUUUUAAGCUUGCAUUAAAUUGUAGGGUUGUUUUUGAAAUUUUAUGCUUUCCUUGUAUCUCCAAUUUUUUCCCUUUUCUUUUUGUUGGAUCAUUCAAGUCAAUUUGGGUCGAAGUUCUAUAUCUCUUUCCAAAUUCCCAAGGUUUUUUCGGAAACAGAUUAAUCAACAAAAUCCAGGGACAUUGGACUAACAUCAGCCCUAGGAAAAAGAACAAAAGCCAAAUGUCCAAAAGAAGGAAAGCCAGCAUUGAAAGUCGCUAAGCACCAUUGGUUUUUGGUACAAAAGAGGAAUAGGGUCUCCCAUCUGCUACUAGCCUACAGCCCGCAUAGAUCUCGUUUUGAGCCUCUCAGCAUUGUUUCAGGGGACUGGACUGCACUGCCAGCCAUUAAUUACCUCAAAUUAUCAACAGCCAUUACAAAAUAAAUUAUAACUAGCCAAAUUAAGUUGAAAGAAAACAGAAAAAGGUUUGAAUUUAAAACUAUACUACU